AUGUCUCGCCCGUGCUUUCUACAGCAGUCAUCUCCGGCCGGUCGGAAGUGGCAAGAUGUGCUGCAAGAUCUUCAGCCAUGCGCGGACAAGGCAGGAUUUCUAGCUGGCGACUGGGGCAACUGUUUGGUGGAGGCCACUGAGCAAGAACACACCAAAGGCAAUUAUGGGCAAGCUGGGCAGGUCAUUGACUUCCUCACAAGCCGUGGCCAUCGUGGGUAUGAGAAAGCCGCUGACAAAUUGGAAAGGUUAACCCACAGAGCUAUGAGAACUGGUGGUAUUCAUCGUCAACCACAUUCGGACUUGGAUCCGCAGGCGUGGGCUCCAAAGAGAGAGGCCCAAGAGGCAGGAGGGCCAGAACCAAGGGCAGUAAGUCAAUCUUCGAGCUCUAGAAGUUCCAGCUCAUCUGACUCGAGUGGCUCUGGAAGUUCAGGUGGGCGCAAGCUUGAUCCGGAAACGAAAGCGCUAUGUCGUUCUGCGCCAGAUCACGCAAGGAUUGGGAGUAGCCUGGAGCAGUGCGUCCAAGAUCUUCCUAUGGAUGUCAUUGUGGAAUUCACACAGCGAGGCACUUCGGUGGCAUCUGCCAAGAGACUAAAGAGCAGCUUUCACUCGACGUGGUUGGUGGAAGUUUCGCCUGGCAUGAUUCAGGAUGGCAAGUCCUAUGACAGGGUCAUUAUACAAAUCCUUGGAUCGCAGGUUGGGGACCAGCCUCUAAGUUUGCACAUUUCGGGCAACCAGAUUGUGAAGGCAAUGCACCUUGCUCGCCGGGCAGGCGUUCGGGUGCCGGAUGUCCUUUUCACUGGUUCAUGCGGAACUCAGUUGGGCACGCUGGACUUCAUUGUACAAGAGUACAUCCUGACUCAGACUGUUGAGGACGUGGUGAAAGCUCCUCGAGAGGAGUGGCACCGCAUCGAAGGAGAGGUGACCACAAAAUUGAAGGCCCAGCGCAUUGGCCGGGAAGAUGCAGCGCCAGUGUUGGUUUUUGAAAGCCUUGCUGAGUACCUCGCUUGGUUCCAAAACUUGGUGCCGCCUGCUUUGAGAUUCAUUGGUGAGGCGAUCGAUCAAUUUGCUCGAGGGGUGGAACACAGACCGACGAGUCCAGCUUUGCUUCACCAAGACAUAAAUUGUGGCAAUCUGCUUACCUCAGCGGUAAGUCAGGCAUGGCAACUCGAUGCUGUGAUUGACUGGGAGAGUGCGGUCGUUGCUCCUUCUGACCUCUUAUGUCGACCGCGCGAGGACAAAUGGCGGAUAGCCAUGGACUUUGGAGAACUUGCAAAGGGAGCUUGGCUAGCCGGCUGCAUGGCUGACAAAACUCUACCCAGAUGUGAUUUGGAGGCCCUGGUUGAGAACUACACUAGGGCUGCAAAGAAGUUGGAAACAAGGAGACUUGUUCGGUAUCAGUCCUGGGCGAGCUUGGUGGAAACAUGUCAAAGAGUAAGCGUUCGAAAAGGCGAAGCAAACAAUGCGCGUGCAGCUUCUUCAGGUACUUUGCUUCGCUCCUUUACUCCAAGGACAGACGAGCAAAUCCAAAGUUGA